AUCGACGAUUUGUCGUUUUGUGAAAAUGGCUGCCUUCAUUUAUAACUCGAAAUGGCUUUUUAUAUAAAUUAAUAUACAGUUUUUAUUGUCAUAUUUUAUAAUGGCAUCCGCUGAAACCGAAACAUGGGUUAAUGACCAACUCCACGACAUUCUUGGCAUAUCAGAUAAAUAUAUAUCUCAGUAUUUUAUUGGCCUGGCUUCAAAAUCAACCAGCCAUCAAGAAUUUUUACAGCGUCUCAAAGAUACGGGUACUGUCGACAUCGACGACAACAUCAUACAGUUUGCGAUUAAACUCUGGAAUAAGGUUCCACACAAAGAAAGAGUCAUUAAAACCCUGUCUGUUGAGCAGCAGUCUCAGCUGGAGCUGGAACGGAAGAACAAAUCCUACCAGUUGUUGUCGGACGAUGAUGACCUGGACCAGUAUACCGUACCAGUGAAGAAAGCUCGCACAGAAACAAGCAAGGUGAAAAGGAAUUUCCGCCGCCAAAGAAAGGAAAGUUCAGAAAGUAGUAGUGAAAGUGACAGAGAUGUGGGUCCUGCGGCUAGUUUUGCUGAUCAGGAUGCCGACCUGUCUUCUGACUCGGACUCCGAGGAUACUGAUGAUAAGGAGAGACAGAUGGAUUUGAAAGAAAGGGACGAGUUUGCCAAGAGACUCAAAGACAAAGACAAGGACCAGACAAGGAAUGUUAAAUCCAAAUCGGAAGCCAGGGCUUACGAGGAAGCAAAGAAGAGGUUACAGCUGGAGAGCGAAGACAGGAAAAAGAUCGUUCCUGAAUUACGGAAGAAGUCGCGGCGAGAUUAUUUGACAAAACGGCGACAGGACAAACUAGAAGAUUUAGAAGCUGACAUCAUGGAUGAAGAAUAUUUGUUUGAACCUGAAAGACUGUCGAAGCGUGAGAGAGUUGAGUUGGAGUACAAGAAGAAAGUUCUCCAACUGGCCAGACAGCACCGCGACGCGGGGGAGGUGGAGAAAACUAACCGCUACUACGUGCCGCAGGAUGACGUCCAGCUAGAGGACCACUAUGUGGAGGAUGCACACGACAAGGGGCCGAACCACGAACAGAAGCGGUGGGAGGAGGAGCACCUGUCGGCCGCUGUCCUCAGGUUCGGAGCCAGAGACGCCAAACACAAACACAAGGCCAAAGAGUAUGACGUCAUCAUGGAUGAGGAGAUCGAGUUUGUGCAGGCACUGCAGAUGCCAGGAACCGUUACGGAGGAGGACAGCAGUUCCAGGUUGACUGAGUCGGAGAAGACGAAGAUUUCCAUACAAGAAACGAAACGACUGCUGCCUAUAUUCCCAUUCCGUGAUGAUCUAAUAGCGGCUAUCCACGAACACCAGGUGCUCAUCAUAGAGGGCGAGACUGGGUCAGGGAAGACAACUCAGAUCCCUCAGUACCUGCAUGAAGCGGGCUUCACGAAGGGUGGUGUGAAGAUCGGGUGUACGCAGCCACGGAGAGUCGCAGCUAUGUCUGUGGCAGCUCGAGUUGCUCAGGAAAUGGGAUGGAAACUUGGAAACGAGGUGGGCUAUAGUAUCCGGUUUGAAGACUGCACGUCGGAGAGAACAGUUCUUAAGUAUAUGACUGAUGGAAUGCUGCUUCGAGAAUUCCUCGCGGAGCCAGACCUUGCCAGCUACAGUGUUCUUAUCAUUGACGAGGCCCACGAGAGGACGCUACAUACGGACAUCCUGUUUGGUCUGGUGAAGGACAUCACACGAUUCCGACCCGACCUCAAACUGCUCAUCUCAAGUGCUACACUCGACGCUCAGAAAUUCUCAGAGUUUUUUGAUGAAGCACCAAUAUUUCGUAUUCCUGGCCGAAGAUUUCCUGUACACAUAUUCUACACCAAGGCCCCAGAAGCCGACUACCUUGAUGCGUGUGUCGUGUCAGUGCUGCAGAUCCACGUGACUCAGCCGACUGGUGACAUCCUUGUCUUCCUCACCGGCCAGGAGGAGAUCGAGACGGCCAACGAGAUGCUUCUGGAGCGAACACGAAAACUGGGCACCAAGAUUAAGGAGCUGGUGAUUCUUCCCAUCUACGCGAACCUUCCGUCCGAGAUGCAGGCCAAGAUAUUUGAUCCAGCGCCACCUGGCGGCAGAAAGGUAAUAUUGGCCACAAACAUUGCCGAGACGUCGCUGACAAUUGAUGGGAUAAUAUAUGUCAUUGAUCCGGGAUUCUGCAAGCAACAGAGCUACAACGCGAGGACUGGGAUGGAGUCGCUGAUUGUUACACCGAUAUCGAAGGCGUCUGCCAACCAGCGUGCGGGUCGUGCGGGCCGAGUGGCUGCUGGGAAGUGUUUCCGCCUGUACACGGCAUGGGCAUACAAACACGAGCUGGAGGAGAACACCAUCCCCGAGAUCCAGAGGACGAACCUUGGCAACGUCGUGCUGCUGCUCAAGAGUCUGGGAAUCAAUGACCUCAUCCACUUUGACUUCAUGGACCCGCCCCCGCACGAGACGCUGGUGCUGGCCCUGGAGCAGCUGUACGCCCUGGGGGCCCUCAACCACAUGGGCGAGCUCACCAAGCUGGGCCGCAAGAUGGCCGAGUUCCCCGUCGACCCCAUGAUGUCCAAGAUGAUCAUCGCGUCAGAAAAAUAUAACUGUUCAAAGGAAAUUAUAUCCAUUGCGUCCAUGUUGUCGGUGAACAAUUCCAUAUUUUAUCGGCCGAAAGACAAAAUCGUUCACGCGGACACGGCUCGUCAGAACUUCUUUGUGCCGGGCGGCGACCACAUGACUCUACUGAACGUGUACACCCAGUGGGAAGACACGGACUUCUCGACUCAGUGGUGCUACGAGAACUUCAUCCAGCACCGGUCGAUGAGGCGCGCCCGCGACGUGCGAGACCAGCUCGAGGCCCUGUUAGACCGAGUCGAGAUGCCGCUGACAACAAACCCAGGGGACAACAUCAGCAUGAGGAAGGCGAUCACUGCGGGUUACUUCUACCACACAGCACGACUCAGCAAGGGUGGGCAGUACAAAACGGUCAAACACCAACAGUCUGUGAUGGUUCAUCCGAACAGUGCCCUGUUUGAGGAACACCCACGCUGGCUUAUCUACUACGAACUCGUCUUCACUACCAAGGAAUAUAUGAGACAGGUGAUCGAGAUUGAGAACAGUUGGCUGCUUGAGGUGGCACCACACUACUACAAAGCCAAAGAACUCGAAGACGGGUCGGGGAAGAAGAUGCCAAAAACUGUUGGGAAAUCCAAGGUAGACUUGGCUCGCAACUACUGAAUACAGCUGUUCUGUAUGGCAGAAACAUUUAUUGUGAUAUAUUUUUGUACGAGAUGCAUGAAGAAGAAAUCUCAGGAAAAUGUAGACUGUUGAUAAAUACUGUUUGGUCAUCAUAAUACCAAUGUUUUUUCCUUAAAACCCCUAUUAUGUCUGCUCUUUUUUUUUUUUUAUGACUCGAUUUUGUAAGAUAAUUUUCAAUGUUGAUACAGUCUCAAAUCUAAUCCAUUUAAUACAUUUGAAGAUCCUAAUGUGGAAAGUUAUUUAAAUAUUUAAAAUCCACCUUCUUUGGGAUAAUAAUCUUCAUAAACCUAUCCCAGUAAAAAUACUAGUCUGUUCAAUCAAGUUUAUUCAAGUUGUACAUACAUUUGGAAUUUUUCAGUGUAGUAAAAAUACUAGUCUGUUCAAUCAAGUUUAUUCAAGUUGUACAUACAUUUGGAAUUUUUCAGUGUAGUAAAAAUACUAGUCUGUUCAAUCAAGUUUAUUCAAGUUGUACAUACAUUUGGAAUUUUUCAGUGUAGUAAAACAAAUGUGUAAAUAUUAUUGCUAUUAAUAAAAUAUAUAUUUGUAAA